CAUGUGUUUGAUGUCAUUCCAUUCACUCCGUUCCAGACAUUAUUAUGAGCUGUCCUCCCCUCAGCAGCCUCUACUGAUUUGAUCAACUACCAAGAGAAAGAAUACACAUUGAGAAUAAUAAAAUAAUUGGAAGAAUUGAAGAUAGGAUUCAUGCAACAAGAAGAUGGGACUGAUGAUGGGAUGAUGGGAGAUGGGAUGCCAUGUAAUGUCUAAUUCUCACCAUAUGGUGGCAGUGUAAUCGUGUGUGUGUGUGUGUGUGUGUGUGUGUGUGUGUGUGUGUGUGUGUGUGUGUGUGUGUGUGUGUGUGUGUGUGUGUGUGUGUGUGUGUGUGUGUAUGUGUGUGUGUGAGAGAGAGAGGAGUUAGGGGUUCUGUACAUAGAGAGUACAAACCAGGAGGACGAGGACAGAGAGAUACCAGAGAGAUGUACGGAUUCAUAAACACCUGUCUGAAAUCACUGGUCAUUGAGAAAUUUGGUGAAGAAACAUGGGAGAAACUGAGGACCCUGGCAGAGGUCCAGGACACGUUCAUGACUUAUGAGAUAUACGAUGAUGUCAUAACUCUGCGUCUGGUGCAGGAAGCAUGUACUAUGCUGGACAUGCCUUCUGAGGUGGUGCUGAAGCUUUUCGGGGAGUACUUCUUCAGCUUCUGUAAGAUGGCGGGGUACGACACCAUGCUGCGUACGCUAGGGGGGAACCUGGUGGAAUUCAUUGAGAACCUGGAUGCCCUUCACAGCUACCUGGCUCUCUCCUACCAGGAGAUGAACGCUCCCUCGUUCCGUGUGGAGAAGAACGAUGAUGGAAGGAUGUUGCUUCAUUACUACUCGGACAGGAAAGGCCUAUAUCACAUUGUGCCAGGCAUCAUUGAGGCGGUGGCCAAAGACUUCUUUGACAGCGAAGUGAGCAUGACCAUCCUUAACCAAUCAGAGGAGGACGAGCGCACAGGGAAGAAAGAGCAUGUGGUCUUCCUGGUCUCUCAGAGGAGCCGAGGGUCAAAGAGGGAUUUCCGGCCCCAAAGAGAGAAGAAGGAGGCAUUGGAGAGGAUGAGAGCCAGGUGUGCCAGUCUGCCCCACUGCCCUGCUGGGAAAAGAUCACGCUGGGACAUGGUUAGGAGCGUUGUCAUGUUUGGAAAAGGUCGGAACCUUCUGAAGUCAUUAUUCACACCCUGCUACCCAGAUAAGCUGUGGAUGGAGGAACAAGCAUUCUGCAAUGCCUUCCCUUUUCACAUUGUCUUUGAUAAACAUCUCAAGGUGAAACAGACUGGGAUUAACAUCCAGAAGUUUGUCCCUGGGCUGCAGACGAUGGACAGCCGUCUGGAUGAGUACUUCAGCAUUGUCCAUCCGCAGGUGACCUUCAACAUCGAGAGCAUCAGGAAGUUCAUCAACAGCCAGUUUGUCCUGAAGACCAGACGGGAGAUGGUGCCGCUGGCCUCUCAGCAUCAGUCCAUGCUCAAACUCAGAGGUCAGAUGGUGUGGAUGGAAUCUCUGGGCUGUAUGGUGUACCUGUGCUCCCCGAAGCUGCGCAGCCUGCAGGAGUUGGAGGAGAGGGGUCUGCACAUCUCCGACAUCGCCCAGCAUGACACCACCCGGGACCUCAUCCUGCUUAACCAACAGCGUCUGGCAGAGAUGGAGCUGUCCAAUCAGCUGGAGCGCAAAAAGGAGGAGCUGAGGAUCCUCUCACGCCACCUCGAGGCGGAGAAGAAGAAGACGGAGACUCUGCUCUACGCCAUGUUGCCUCGCCACGUAGCCAACCAGUUGAAGGAGGGCAAGAGGGUGGAAGCAGGUGAGUUCCAAGUGUGCACCAUCCUGUUCAGUGAUGUGGUCACCUUCACCAAUAUCUGUGCUGCCUGCGAGCCCAUCCAGAUCGUCAACAUGCUCAACUCCAUGUACUCCAAGUUCGACCGCCUUACCAGCGUCCAUGACGUGUACAAGGUGGAGACUAUUGGAGACGCCUACAUGGUGGUGGGGGGGGUUCCCAUUCCAGCUGACAGCCAUGCAGAGCGGGUGGCCAACUUUGCCCUGGGUAUGCGUAUCGCUGCCCGGGAGGUGACCAACCCUAUCACUGGGCAACCCAUCCAGAUUCGGGUGGGUCUGCACACAGGUCCAGUGCUGGCUGGUGUGGUAGGGGACAAGAUGCCUCGAUACUGCCUGUUUGGAGAUACGGUCAACACUGCCUCCCGCAUGGAGAGUCACGGAGUGCCUGACCACAUACACCUCAGCCCCUUCACAUACAGUGCGCUGGAAGAUAAGGGCUUUGACAUCCUGGAAAGAGGAGAGAUCCAGGUGAAGGGGAAAGGCCUGAUGACCACCUACUUCCUGCUGCAGAACCUGUGUGUGUCUGAGGACACCAUCAUGGCCAGAGGGACAGGAAAGCCCUGUGUGUACAGAGACAACCAGCAGGGGGCGGGAGAGAGCGAGAGAGACACAGAAGAACCAGACAGUGUGAGAAAGGAAGAAACGAAUGGCCAAACCAUGGCAUCUGCUUCUUCUUCGGGUGACCUCACCAACGAAGACACACCUUUUCUGGGAGACACUACACCUUUUCAAAAGGGCCACCUCAACGACGUGAACUCACGAUUCUGCCGACUGCUCUAAGUAUGUGGAGUUGGACCCCAUUUGUAAGCACAUUAUUUGAAAAUCUGAGACUAUUUAGGAAAUGAAAUGUUGAACUCCACAAAGGUAUGCUAGUUCUGACAGUUUCCAAAGAAUCAACAAUGUGUCUACACAUGCUUGCUAACCCACUGGGCACAGAUGUCAAUUCAAUGUCUAUUCAAUGCUGGUUCAACGUAAUUUCAUUGAAAUGACGUGGAAACAACGUUGAUUCAACCACUGUGUGCCCAGUGGGAAGUUUUAUAAAUACCGUAGACAGAAAGUGAUAAAUCGGUAUCUCAAAUUUUUGUUGAUGAUACUAUGGUCUCCACGUUGAUGCAACAUUGUAACCACAUUAACAUGAUGAUGUUUAGAUAUUCUAAACAGGUUGAUUCAAUCUGUGGGAGACUCCUGCGUGAGCUCUGUGUUGUUGUGGUGACUGCCGCCUGCUGGGGGACACCUGGGGUUGCCAUGGGGUGGGG